AUGGGAUUUAGGGCAGGUUGCAGACCUAUACUGGGACUAGAUGGCUGCCAACUGAAGAGUGCAUAUGGUGGCCAAUUGUUGGCAGUAGAUGGGCUGGAUCCAAACAACACUACUUUAGUGGUAGCUUAUGCAAUGGUAGAGAUGGAGAGCAAAAACUCUUGGGAUUGGUUUUUGCGACUGCUGGCAAAAGACCUUAACAUCACAGGUGAAGGAAAUGGCUUCACCUUCAUAUCUGACAAGCAAAAAGUGAUGAAAGACCAACUUUGGGCUAUUGCAAAGUCAUCCAUUAUGGUAUACUACACUAAGGAGAUGGUGCUAAUGAAGCCGCUGGACCCCAAAGCAUAUGAUUGGUUAACUGAUCCUCAAAGAAACCCUAGGCACUGGUGCAGAACUCACUUUGAUACUGUUUUGAAAUGUGAUGUGCUCUUGAACAACCUCUGUCAAAGCUUCAAUGUUUUCGUCUUACCUGCUAGGUCAAAGCCAGUUAUUUCAUGUUUUGAGGAUAUAAGGGUGAAAUUGAUAAAAAGGGUUGCAAUGAGGAAGGAGAAGAUGAGAAGAGUUGUGGACCCCAUCUGCCCCAAGCCUAGGCAAAUCCUAGAGAAAAACAAGGAAAGGUCUGCAUCUGAUUGCAUCCCUUAUGGUUUUGGUAGUCCCCAGAUUGAGGUACAGAGCUGUGGAGGAAGCAGAUAUGUGGUUGACUUGACAAGAAGGACUUGUGCUUGUAGGAGGUGGGAUUUAACAGGUAUCCCUUGCAAGCAUGCCAUCUCAGCUAUACAUUUCAUGAGGCAAAACCCUGAGGACUUUGUGGAUUUAGGUCAUAAUGUGAAGACAUGCCAUAGGCAUCUUCCACCAAAGGAAAAGGCAGCUAAGAAGAGAAAGCUUAACACAUGGGAGGGAUCAUCUACUGCAACUCAGGCUAAGGGUACUAGAAAGGCCCCAAAGACAAAGAAUGACCUUAGGGCAAAGGCAAGGUUGAGAGCUGAAGAGGCUAAGAAAAAGAGGGAUGAAAAGAAGGCAGCAUUAAAGGCAUCAACAGCUACAGCAACUUUAACCAAGGGUAGACCACUAAAACCUCCUUCAAGUAAGGGUAAAGCUGCAUCCUCACAUGCUUCAUCCAGGUCAUCUGUGAGGAUACGAGACAAUUUGAAGAAAGCUGGCAAAUAG